GCAACCAGAGAGGAGAAGCGCGAGGGGCGAGAAGAACAUGAUCCUGCGGCGCCGGUGAAAGGAGCAACACUGGAAGAUUGAACAGAGACACGGAGAGGCAAAGUGUCAGGGAACCGCUAUCGCAGAGAGAGACGCUUAGAUUAGACAGAUGCAAUCUGCAGUCAAGUGAAUCGCGCUGGGAUGAGAAUAAUCUGACUUUUGCAGCGGAGCUGUCCAGAGAAUUACGCACGAAGCGCUAUUCCAAGGUGACCAACUUUUACGCACGGUGCUCUGGAGUUGUGGGUUUUUGCUUAUGACCAGAAUGUUGCAUUCAUUUUACAUUUAACCCAGAUUUUGGGAGCGGGAGCUCGUUAUCUGAUAUUUUUGAAACUGGAGUCUUGACAGGAAAGUGGACGCAUCGAGCACUUGUUAACGACUCAUUUUUAGAAAUCACACAUUUGGAGACAUUUUUUGGAUUCACAGCGGGGGCUCACUGGGACUCACUCUUACGCUGCAGACUGAUAUAUUGGGAAUUGUGCUGCUGUAGCCUUCGUCAAUCAUAGCACCCUGCAUUACGCACCUGUCCCACAGCACCCUACACGUCUCCGUUUGUGAGUUUUCAAAACAGCGGUAUGGACAGAGUCAGACGUCUAGCCUGCGUGUGAGUCACCGUGAGCAAACAUUUGGACAAGCGGCGCUUGCAGGCAGUGACACAUUUUGGGGGAUAUUUAACAGCGCGUGCCUCGCACAAGCACACGACACCGGGACGAGGCUCGGUGCUGCCGGGGGAUUGGACGCCGAGGUGCUAAAUGCCCAGCCGGUCGCUUGCGGCUCCUCAGGCUGGGCGGCAACAUGAGGUCCUGGGUCCUGCUGCUGCUGCUGGCUGCGCUCUCAGCGGCCCGUCUGCGGCUCGGCAGCGCUGAGAGCGACCCUCUCCCUCCGUCGCUGGUCGACCUGGUGAGGAACUCUCCCAUCUCCUCUGUGGACGACCUGAAGCUGCUGCUGCAGCAGGAGACCAAUGCAAUAGAUGAGGAAGAAGAUGAGCAUGAUAUUCUCACAAACCACACCCAUGGCCGAUACACUAGAAGUCUUGUGGAGGCGCAGCCGGCCCAGCAGGCGGCCUGUAAAGUUCGGACGGAGGUGAUGGAGGUGACGAGGUCCAUGCUGGACCGCCGCAACGCCAACUUCAUGCUGUGGCCGCCCUGCGUGGAGGUGCAGAGGUGUUCGGGCUGCUGCAACACGAGGCUCCUGCAGUGCGUCCCCACCGUCACCUCCAGCAGAUACCUGCAGGUGAUAAAGAUCCAGUACAUCAACAGGAAAGCCCGCUACGACAAAGCCAUCAUCUCAGUGGAAGAUCACGUCAGCUGCAGGUGCCAAGCCGCCACGUCUUCCUCGUCCUCUUCAUCUUCUUCCUCCCCAUCACUUCCCAUCACGCACUCUUCCAUUCAGAGCAACCCCAACCCCCCUGCACCUCCGCCACAGCAGCCUCCCCCAUCCUCCCACCAUCCCCUGCCCCUUCCCCGAUCCGUUCACCCAGCCCCGCCCAAGACUCACGCCUCCAAGGCCGACCUCCAUCGCCACGAUGACCUGAAGCACAACCAGCAGCACUACAGUCCUGAGGAGCGUGAGCCGGUGGCAAGGCAGUGGCAGCAGGGCAGCUACACCCAGCUGGUGCACUGGACACAGCCCAGGGUGCACCAGCCGAUCAUCGGGGUGCUCGGGUCCGUCAGCAGCAGGCCGUCGGAGGCAAGGGCGGAGCACAGUGUCAUGGGAAGUACGCAGCAGGUCGGGCACGGGAGCGGGUAUGACGGGAGCAGGGAGGAAGGCAGCGUGCACGUAGCGCACAGUGGCGGUGAAGCGCAUCAUCCCGAUCACACACAGAGGCAGCAGCAGGUGCUGCAGCAUCAGCAGAGACAGCAGUAUCAGCAGCAAUAUCAUCACCAGCCGCAUUAUCCACAGCAGUUCAACCACGGAGGGGUGGAGGACCAAGAGCUGGGGGCGCAGUAUCGACUCAACGCCCCCCAGUCGGACGGCGCCUCCCCACCCGUCAGCCCAACCCAGCCAUCCAUAUUAGAACAAAACCCCACCCCUCCUCUAACCACCAACCAGAAAGACUCAGUGACCAGCCAAAAGAAUACAGAGGUCACAAGUCACAAACAGACUGAGGCUGAAACAGUCAGUCAGAAAGAAGGGAACGAGAGGGAGGACAGUGGGUCAGCCAGUAGCGGGGACUUGGCUGGUGCGAAGCUGGCCAAUCAGGGGAAGGAAAAAGACUCUAAUGUGACCAGAGGAGAUGGUCAUUUGACAGAGGAGGAGAGGAGGCAGAAACUACUGGAGAUGGUACAGAGGGAACCGGAUAGACAGACUCCUCUUCAUCCUCAUCAUCCACAGCAAAGACCAAAGCCCACCGCAUUUAAAACAGCCCUCUAUACCGUGGCUCCCAUCUCCGCCUCUGCACGUCAGGCCCCGUUCCGUCCGGCCUCGCCUCGGCGCAGGAGGAAACACCGCAAACGCAUCAGCAAAGCAGCCAUCAGAGCCAUGAUCAUGUAGAGCUGCAGGUAAUGGUAAAGCAAAACCAAAAGCUUUUGGCCAGACACGUUGCUCCAAAGGCACACAGAGGAGGAGGACGAGGAGCAUGGGAUUCUUGAAUGUGGGACAGCUGACUCAGUGGACGGACGCUGAGGAACCAACGGAGGUGACGGACACUGCUGCUGUUUUUCGAUGGACAGCGUCAGAGAAAGUUACCUUUCCUGCUCCAGAGCUGCCGCAGAGCGUCCAGCUUCGUGGAUUUGACAGAAGUGCAAUCUUAUGAACUCCUUGGACUGGAAGAUAUUUGUCACACUAAACACUGGAUUUCAUUCGUGUGAACCCUAAAUCCCAUUAACGUGGAUCUAUGGAAACUCAUCAGAUGCCUAAAGCUAGACUGGCGGUCUGUUCUUGCAGUUGGCAGCCAUUGAUUGGCUGCUUGUACACUUUGGACGUCCAGCUCAACUACUGAUUGGUGAACCUGACUAUGACUUGGACUAAGAAUGAAGUCAUUAUUUGGGGUUGAAUGUGGAGCUCAAGUUGAAACUGGAGACGUGGAGAACUGGAUUUCUACACUGGGACGAUAACUGGAAACUGGAGUGCGCAGCUCAGGCCUCAAUGCCAAACAUUACUGUUAUCUUACAAUGUCUGAAUCUAACUUUAUCUAACACUGGAGUAGCCAUACACUGAUCAUACCACACUGACUUUAGAGAAGUGCUCUGCCGUGUACUGUAGCUUGAUGUACUGGAAAAUAUCGAUAACCUGCUCAUUUUGUACUACUGCCAGAUCAAAAUGGAAUAACAACCAAAUGCCUGCCUAGAUAACAUGCUAUGAAUAUCCACAUUAAAGCAAGUCUUAAAGACCUGGCUUCUAGAGAUUGCUGUGAGCCAGUUAUUAGCCAACACUGUAUGUAUAAAUGCUUUUAGAAAAUGAUAUCUGGGGGAAAAAGAAAAACUAUUUCUUAACUUAUUUAAAAAAAAAAAAAAGGAGGAUAUGAAAUCCUCCCACUCUCAAGUGUAAUUAUUGUUGCAAACAUUUCAGAUUAUUAUUAUUGGUUG